AUGCGUGCGGGGAGAUGUCUGCCUGCCGUGACGUGUGGGCGACGCCAGCCAUCAGGCACGCGAGUAGACCUUUCAUAUCUCGCUGUCUUUAGUUUCUGUACCUGUUCGCGACGAUCAAUGGGUGGGGCAGUUAUCGUUGUCUCCACCGAGGCUGAGUGGGACCACAACCUCGAGGCGGCUGGGGAUAAAGCGGUCAUCGUGGAUUUUACCGCGGUUUGGUGCGGCCCUUGCAAGAUGAUCGCUCCAGUUUUUGAGGCGUUCUCGACUGAAUUUACAUCGGUCGUCUUCCUUAAAGUGGACGUCGAUGUCAAUCAGAAAGUGGCAGAGCAGUGCGGUGUUUCUGCCAUGCCGACGUUCCAAGUGUACAAGAACAAAACUAAGGUGGCGGAACUUAUUGGAGCGAGUAAGGAUAAGCUUCAUGCGUUGAUCAAGCAGUAUGCUUAG